AUGAUAGGAAGAGCCGACAUCGAAGAAUCAAAAAGCAACGUCGCUAUGGACGCUUGGCUGCCACAAGCCAGUUAUCCCUGUGGAUCGAUAGGCCACGCUUUCACGGUUUGUAUUCAUACUGAAAAUCAAAAUCAAGUGAGCUUUUACCCUUUUGUUCUACAUGAGAUUUCUGUUCUCAUUGAGCUCACCUUAGGACACCUGUGUUAUCAUUUAACAGAUGUGCCGCCCCAGCCAAACUCCCCCCUG